CGGAAGGCCCGCGCCUGGUACUGGAAGUGGGCGUGGCCAAGAUGGCGGCGCUUCCGGCGGGCCCCGGCGCCUGAAAGCCGGGGCGGGCGUGCGGGUCGGCGCCGUCCCUGUUCCCGUCGGGGUCCCGCCGGGGCGGCGACUGCGGGAGGCAGACGCGGGAGUGGGACGCAACCCCGCGCCGCUCCAACAUCGCGGCCUGAAACGGCUCAAAAUGAACUACAUGCCCGGAACCGCUAGCCUCAUCGAGGACAUCGACAAAAAGCACUUGGUCCUGCUACGAGAUGGAAGGACGCUUAUAGGCUUUCUGAGAAGCAUUGAUCAGUUUGCUAACUUAGUGCUACAUCAGACUGUGGAACGUAUUCAUGUGGGCAAAAAAUACGGUGAUAUUCCUCGAGGAAUUUUUGUGGUCAGAGGAGAAAAUGUGGUCCUACUAGGAGAAAUAGACUUGGAAAAGGAGAGUGACACGCCUCUUCAGCAGGUGUCUAUCGAAGAGAUCCUGGAGGAACAGAGGGUGGAACAGCAGACCAAGCUGGAAGCGGAGAAGCUGAAGGUCCAGGCCCUGAAGGACCGAGGGCUCUCCAUUCCCCGGGCAGAUACUCUCGAUGAGUACUGAGUCUCUGCCCAGGGUGCUUGCUCGGAGAGCAGGCCUGCCACAGGAUGGAAGUCACAUCCUCGUUACCUCUCACGGUUCGACUAAAGACUAGAGAGUUUUGGGGGGGAAAAAUCAUUUUUAUUUUGAAUUCUUUCUCAUUUGCAACAUGAAGAAAUCAUGUGGAUUUUUUUUUUUAAUACUAAAUCAUUGUUGAAAGAAGGAGGCAUGGACUCACGUCGCUGUAGAGCCAGCAGUAGCUUCUGUGUGUUGCUCCUCACUUAAGAUUCGAGCCUCCAGCAGUUUUCAUUGACCUGUAAAUAAAACACAGAUCUCAAA